AUGUGUUGGGUUGUUAGUAGUAGUGAAUGCGCUACCACGUCGUUUUACUUUGUGGAUAAGGAGGCUCGUACGGCCUGGGGAUUCAGCGUCGCUUUGUCAAGGGAGAAAAGAAUGGAUCGUGAUGAGAAAUGUGCUGGAAUAAUUUAUCUUUGGUUCACUCUUAGCUUGGAUCGCAUUAGAGCCCGCGCCGCCCACGACGGAGAUAAUGCCAUUGCAAUACCCAAGAUCGGAUUGUAUUGGCAAAUUGGAUGA